AUGGCUCCCGGCAAGGACGGCUGUAUCAGCAACUGCGGCAGAGACAUCGUCAAGGGCCCCGCGCCGGCAAAGAAGGUCAAGCUUGGCUACUUUGAGGGCUGGAACUUCAACCGCCAGUGCUUGACUUUGGAUGAGGGCCAGAUCAACACAGACGCCUACACCCACUUGCACUUUGCCUUCCCCAACGUCACGCGCGGCGACUUCCGCAGCAAUGUAUCGAUUCCGUCGCACUGCCUGGAGAAAUACAUCGUCGAUGUACAGAUCGCCGUUUCUGACGGCGCGCUUAAGAAGUACAAGAAGCUCAUUGACAACGGUUACGACAAGAAUCCCUCUAUCUGGGAGGGCUACAUCAAGGAACAGAUUCCUGGUCAGAUUAAGAACUUCAUGGCCACCGACAAGGGCGGCAAGUGCUUUGGCGGUGGCCAUCCCAACACCACGUUUACCCUUGACGACCGGAACGGGUUCUUCAAGGACAUUCUAGAGACAUGGGGCAUCGAGGAGGAGUGGAUCAGGUUCGAGAAACGCCAAAUGUCCCUCGCCAACAGUUGCCAGUACGCUGACAAGGAUGUCAACGACUGCAUUGCCUGGAAUAGCAUUUUCUUCCACGACUUCCCUACCAUGGACAGAGACAAGACGAAAAUGCACAACCCCAAAGACGUCAUCGUCAAGGCUCUCCCCGGCACCAAGGGACUGCUCGACCGUUACCGCGACAUGAAGACGUUUGCCGAGUUCGAGGACGACUUCGAAAUGUCGAACGUUACCGACGCCGGCUCGCUGCCCGCCUUCACCAUUGAGGAGGCGGUCGCGCAGAUGGACAACAUCGUCGAGGAGGCCAAGGAGAUUGAGAAGAAGCGCCGUGAGGAGUUUAUCCUCAACAUGAUCAUGGGCUUCCUCUUCUUCAUCCCCUUCAACGGCCCCACUGGCGGCGGUGUCAUCGCGACCGGCGUGCGCACCUUGCUUCAGUUGGUCGAAGUCGGUGCCGAGGUCGAUUUGGCCGUCUACAGCAUCUUCCACGACCGGGACAAAGCCUUCAUGACCGUUUUCAGCAUCCUCCUGGGCACCGGCUUCAGCCGCGGCAAGUUCCGGGACGCCGCCAACUCAAGGCGCGGCAUGAGCUCUGGCGAGUAUAACACUCUCGGCAACGUCAAGCCCAAGCUUGACUCGAAUAACAAUUUCUGGGGUGGCUUUUGUUCUGUAGCUAUAAGAUCUUAA